AUGGGAGGCAGACCCAAUCGGCGUCAUUUUCAUGGCAAGAAGCCGCCUGGUGAUGGUCCUCAAGCGCGGCCUGCCAAACAGGAGAACAUUCCUGCCAACGCAUUUCAACGACCUUUCGAGGCCGUCGCACAGCCCUCACUCACAAUUACAGUACCCACCGACACACCAAAGUUUGCAGACCUGGCCAAAGAGAAUCUCGUUGACCCCGUUCUUCUGCAAACCAUUACGGAAGACAUGAAGUUUGAUCACAUGACUCCUGUUCAAGCCGCAACUAUCCAUGACCUCCUCAAGGAGCGCAGUGAUAUGUUGGCACAGGCCAAGACCGGAACUGGCAAGACUAUGGCUUUCUUGCUGCCUGCCAUCCAAACCCUUAUCAACAGGAAUAGAAAGGCAGGCAUGACAAUAUCAGCCAUGAUCAUCUCCCCAACACGAGAGCUUGCCAUGCAGAUCGCCAAAGAAGCGACCACCCUGUUACAGCGUCGUCCUGAAUACAAAGUUUGCAUUGCCAUUGGCGGAACGAACAAGAACUCUGAGGCCUCACGUAUCUCGAAAGGAUGUGACAUCCUCAUCGGCACGCCUGGCCGACUUCUAGAUCACAUUCAACCUGACGAGGGCGGCUACAGUCUAGUCCACGAAAGACUCCAGAACCUUGAUACUCUUGUCCUUGACGAGGCAGAUAGAAUGCUUGAUAUUGGCUUCCUUCCAGAUUUGAAGAAAAUCAUCUCGUUCCUUCCGAAUAAGGAGUCUAGCCAUAGACAAGGCAUGCUGUUCUCUGCUACCAUUGCGGAUCACGUACAGAAAGUUGCUCACCUCGCACUAUCCAAAGAUUACAAGUUCAUCUCUACCAUCCAGAAAGGUGAAGCUGGCACUCAUGAGCGUGUUCCUCAACAAUUAGUCCUUGUUCCGGCAUUUGCAGACACGACCGCUGCACUUCUUGGAGCAAUUCGCCAAGAGCUUAACCAAGUCGGCAUUGGUUCUUUCAAAGCCAUAGUAUUUGCACAAACCGCUGCUCUUGUGGACUUCUACGCAGGAGUCCUGGAGAAGACCGCGGAUCUCCCCCCAGUCAUCGCACUCCAUUCACGUAUGACGCAAAGCAAACGAACUAGAACAACAGAUGAUUAUCGAAAUGCUGCCAACGGCAUCCUCUUCGCUACUGAUGUCAUCGCCAGAGGCAUGGAUUUCCCUUCCGUCACUAACGUUUUCCAAGUCGGAAUUCCUUCCGAUCGAGAGUCCUACAUUCAUCGUCUUGGUAGAACUGCCCGUGCCGGUGCUGCAGGUCGUGGCACUUUCAUCGUCACCGAGCAUGAGAAGUACUUCCCUGAGCACAAGCUCAAGGACAUUGCAUGGGAGAGGAUUCAACCCGACCUCAGCUCAAAGGGUGAUCUUCUGCGGAUAGCCGCAAGCCUGGACACUGAGAUACAGACCAAGGCCUAUCAAUCAUGGCUUGGCUACUAUAAGGCUCCUCUUAAGCAGCUCCAGUGGACUCCGGAGCAGCUCGUAAGAGAGGCAAAUAAGCUUGCGCUCGAAGGCCUUGGCGCGCCCGAGGUGCCAGCUCUUUACCGAACAACAGUCGGUAAGAUGGGACUUAAGGGCAUUAAGGGUCUGGUUGUCGUACCGGACCCUCCUCGCGAGGCACGCGGUGGCGGCGGUGGCGGCCGAGGCCGAGGAAAAGCUACGCAAGAGAGCUCGGAGGGAAGCUCAAAGCCUAAGCGUCAGAAGCGAUAG